AUGAAGCUCCUGAAGCCGUGGGGAAAGGCUGGCGGCGGCCUCCUGCACCUCACGGUGCUGUUGAGCUUGGCGGGGCUCCGCCUGGACCUGGACCUGGGUCUGGACCUGGAUUUGCUCCUGCCGCCGCCCGCCGCGCUCCGGGAUGAGCUGCUACUGCUGCUGCUGCUGGGCGGCUCCGGCCGCUCAGCCUACGCGCUCAGCCCCUUCCCCGCCUGGGGUAGCUGGGGGCGCGCCCGGCAGCUGCACCCCAAGAGCCGGGAGCACGACCCUGCGGUGCCGCCCGAGGGCCACCUGCUCCGGGAGGUGCGCGCGCUCUGGGCGCCCUUCAUCCGCCGCACCCGGGUGGAUGCCUGGCUGGUGCACAGCGUGGCGGACGGGGACGCGGACGGGGCCCCGGGGCUGCUCGGCGCCGCCUCGGCGGGAGGGGUCGGCGCCAGUGUGGACGGCGGCAGCCACGCCGCGCCCGGGGGCGGCGGGGACCUGCGACUGGCCCGGAGUAGCCCAGUGGUGGCCGGGGAGGAGGAGAAGGCGCCCGCGGAACCGACGGCCCAGGUGCCGGACGCUGGCGGAGGCGCGAGCCAGGAGGACGACGUACUAAGAGAGAAGGGUGAAGCUGUGGAUUGCGGCUCCCAGCACCAGGAAGAUGAAGCAAAGGCGUCAGCCCAGGAGAGGCCACGCCAGCAAAAGACUGCAGAUGGCAACAGAGCAGCAGCUAAAGCUGCCUGGGAGGCAGAGGCAGGCAGUGGCUGUGGAAGUGAGAUACAGCUAAAUGGAGCUGAUACUUCUCUCUCUCUGGAGGACUUAUUUCAGUUGCUUUCCUCACAGCCAGAAUAUUCACUGGAGGGCACCUCAUUAGAGGAUAUUUCUCUUCAAGAUGAUGUCAGUGAUGGCAUGAAUUCUCCAACACAUAUAGAUUUCAGCCAGGCUCUGAGUCAUGAUGUGAAUCUUCACGAGGCCAUGCUACUGUACCCUAACAAUACAUUUCGAAGAGAUCCCGCACCAAGGACUUCCCAGGCACAAGAACCGUUUCUUCAGUUUUCUCCUCCCACCAAUCCUGAGCAAACCUUUCCUGGAACUAAUCUCACAAGACUUCUACCUGUUGACAAUCAGAUGAGGAAUCUCACCAGCCAAGACCUACUACGUGACCUUGAUACAACCAUGUUUGAUGAGAUAAACUUAACAUCGCUGGCCAUAGAAGAAGGGUUUAAUCCAGUAGAAAUUUCCCAGCUUUUUGAAGAACCCGAUUCUGAUUCUGAUCUUUCCUUAAAUUCAAGUCACAACAGCACCUCUGUCGGCAAGUCUAGUUCUUCUCAUUCUGUGUGUGAAGAAGGUGCUACAGGUUCUAACAAAGGAGCUGUAGGAGGCUACUACCCAGAACCUAGUAAGUUUCACCACACAGACCACGGGGAUCUUGCAUGUCAACAUGUACUCCACAACCAUACUUACCACUUCCAGCCAUGUGCACCAGAAUCCACUUCUGUGCCUUUUUCAUGGUCUGGGACAUCACAGAAGAUGAGUAAGUGCGUUGAUGAGACAGACAGAAACUUGAGCCGUGAUGAACGGUGUGCUAAAGCUCUGCGUAUCCCUUUUUCUGUCGAUGAAAUUGUCCAAAUGCCUGUUGAUUCCUUCAACAGCAUGUUAAGUAGGCACUAUCUGACAGAUUUACAAGUCUCACUCAUCCGUGACAUCAGACGAAGAGGAAAAAAUAAAGUUGCUGCUCAGAACUGCCGUAAACGCAAAUUGGACAUAAUUUUGAAUUUAGAAGAUGAUGUAUAUAACUUACAAGCCAAGAAGGAAACCCUUGAGAGAGAGCGAGCCCAGUGUAGCAAAGCCAUUAACAUGAUGAGGCAGAAACUACAUGACCUUUAUCACGAUGUUUUUAGUAGGCUGAGAGAUGAUCAAGGUAGGCCAGUCAAUCCAAACCAGUUUGCUCUUCAGUGCAGCCAUGAUGGAAGUGUUUUGAUUGUACCCAAAGAACUGGCAGCCUCAGGCCACAAAAAGGAAAACCAAAAGGGAAAAAGAAAAAAGUGAAAGAAAUCA